GAUUACAACAGGUUUGGACUUUGGACUUUUUAAGCAGCGUGCCUUUGAGUACCGGUCAAAUUCGUAAAAUUUACGUGAACAAGAAAACGUCCAUGUACGAGCAAGUGGAAACUCUUCAGAAAUGUUGUGUGUGGUUACCCAGCCCGACAACGCCGUGAUCGAACUGGAGCUAGACCCCAAGGCUGAAGGUCUACAUUGCAUGGAGAAAGUAUGCCAACAUAUAGGCAUCAUUGAAGAAGACUACUUCGGUUUGCAAUAUAAGGGAACAAAGGGAGAACAACUUUGGCUGAACACGAGAAACAGAAUUACGCGGCAAGUGCCAGGACCUCCACCAUACAGAUUUAGGCUGCGAGUCAAGUUUUUUGUACAGCCUCAUUUAAUCUUACAAGAAGAAACAAGACAUUUGUUCUAUUUGACUGUGAGAGAUGACUUUGUCAACGGCAUCCUCAAACUGCGGUCCAGAGAGCAGGAACUCGACAUGGCCGCACACAUCGCACAGGCGGAACUGGGAGACUUGUGUAAACACUCUCCGCAUCACUGUGCUUCCUAUCCCUCCUUUUGUCCAGAAACUUUUCGAUCCUGCACUGACCAUCUCGCUCAGGUCGCACACAGGCACGAGCAGCUGGCAGGCAUGAAAACGAACAACGCAGAAUAUCGCAUGUUGCAGUUUGCAGAGACGGCAGAGAAUUUUGGAGUGGAGUUUCACCAAGCCAAAGAUCUCUCCACAGGUCAGGAUCUCAAUAUUGGUGUGGGUCCCGGAGGAAUUAUUCUCUACAGCAUGCAGACAAAUCAGGUCCAGUUUAGCAUUCCAUACCCAACAGUCCAAAUAGCCAUCCAUAAUGGCAAAGAUUUUCACUUAACCGUCAUCAGAGACAAUGGAAGCCAGCAUACUCAGGGGUUUCGCUUGGUCAGCCAGAGAGCAGCUGACGCCCUCUAUAGGUGCGUCACAGAGAUGCAUUCCUUCUAUCGAUGUGACACUGUGCGGAAUGCAGUAUCUGGCCAGUUCAGUAGGGACUUGAAGGGCACCCUGGCUUCUCUUUUUAAUGAAAAUACAACUCUGGGUAAGCGGUACAUCUUUGACAUUAGACGAACAUGCAGGGAAGUGUGCGACCAUGCACGGCGUGUGUUGUACACUACAGGUCGUGAUGUCCUUCGCAAACCACGUGCAGAGGGUGAAAGUGUGCAGGAUUGCCACCAGUGUGAGGGUGCAGCAUGUCCGUUGGACAAAUUUGACAGUCAGAUGGAGCAUCAAGACAGUCCAUACACGCAGGUGGAGGAGGAAGAAUCAUUGUUGUGCCGUGUGUGUAUGGAUGCCAACAUUGACAUCACAUUUGGUCCCUGUUGUCACACCGUUUGUUGUCACUCGUGCAUGCGUCGUCUUGACCACUGCCCGAUUUGUCGCGCACCAAUUGAGAGCAUUCAGCGCAUCGUGCCACAGGAAGAAAUGUGCACGCUGGAACUGUAAUAACAGAGAAAUUGUGAUAUGACUGUGAUUUCCCUGAGAUCUGAAUGAUCCGCUACAGCUAUAUUUGUACACAAAGACAUGAACAGAAGGCGUAAAUGUGAAAAAAGAACUGGACAGACCCCAUUUGUAUUGUGUUGGGAGUAUUUUGAAGUCCCAUUUUUGAAAAAAAAAGAUUUUGAUCUAUCCAGGUGCUUUCCACAGAUAGGGAAAAUUUGGUGAAGGUAUUCCAAUUUUCCUCAUGAUAUUAUAUUGGCACUUAUUUGGUGCUGAAUUUAUGACUACAAUUGAUAGUGUCAUACGCUGUGGAAGUCACUUUUAAUACAUAUUUUUUUGUGGCUGUACCUAACAAGGACACUUAGAAUAGAUUCAAAAAGAUUUACAUUGUUGGGGAAAUCUCCCCCCGCCCCCUUGUUUUCAACAUACCCAAAAUUUAUUUUCAAGAGAUUUUUUUUUUCAAAAGAAACUCAUUAUUAUCAUCAUCAUUGUCAUUGUCAUCGUCAUUAUGUAGCACAUAAGGAUGGAGAAUAAUUCUUAACAGAAGGAGACCGGAGAUGUUACACUCUUUCUCUGCGUUAAUUUUCACUGAAACAAUGGCAUAUAUUUGCCAGGCCAAAUUGAAGAAGUGACUUUUCUUGACUGAAACACUGAGCAUAAAGUGCUUAUGUGUGGAGUAUUAGCACCAGAGAGUUAAAUGACAAGAUGAAGUGGCAGAACUCUUGUGUGACGUUUAACACUUGUGUUAACGUUUAACACUUAAGUGGGAAAACAUAGUGCUUGAACUUCAGUGGGAAAAGAUUGUAAUGAGCUGCAAUGAAAAUGGAGUGCUAAAAAGGAUCGACACCUACAGCGAUGUGGAGAAUGGUCAGAAGCGAAAGUGCUGAUACCAGAUCAGUGGAGUAGUGUCCCUCGUUUGACAUUUUAAGUGUCAAAAUGAUUUAAGAGCAUUUUGUUGGGCACUUGCAAAGACUGCCUUUUUGAAAGUGACUUUGGUGCUAUGAAAUAAACUGCUGGGCAGUUGAGUAGUUAGUAUGCUUUGACUGAUGCUAAUCAAACUAAAAAAAGAGUAAUUGUCAUAUAAACUUAUUUAUUAUAAACUGUCAUCACUUCAUAUUGUCAUCACUUGUUCUUUAGUAUUUGAUUUGUAUCUCCUUGAUUAAUCUCUAGAGAAUCCUCUGCACUUUAGGGUUAUUCUUUUUAUAUAUGUUUAAUUAAGUGUAUAGUUUUUUUUUCAUUAAUUUUAUUUCUUGAUCUUUGAUUUUGGUUUUUAAUUUCUUUUCUUUACUUCAGUUGAUAAGAUUCAGUUGAUAAGAAGAUUAAUUAUUUAUAGUUGAAGAAAUCUCCAUAUCAGUAUUGACAUCCUCAACUAAAAGUGGCUUUCAAUCAGAGACUUGUUUUCUACAGUGAAAAUGUGAUCUUUCACAAGUGGCUGCAUACAAGCCCUUAAUAUGUUUUUUUUUUCAGUUAAUGUACAUAAGAAUCUUGUUAUGAUACAGAUUGUCAAAGGACUUGAAUGUGGUUACUCUGGAAAAUGCACUUUUAAAUGAAAAAUGACAUGCAUCUGCUGCACUGAGAGGAAAUUAUAUCACCUAGAAAUUUACCACUUGGUCUAUAUUUGUGUCUGUCUGAUCUUAAUGUAUUCCAAGGUGCUAUUACAUUUCUUCAGGAUCUGUGCCAGCUACUGAAGACAAAAACACCUCAAAUGUUAGAGCAAGAGCACCAAAAUCUCUGCCCAGGCUUAAAGGGAUUUUAAAAUGUAUUUACUUAUCUUACAAAAGUAAUGUGUUAUGGAGCAAGCAAUAAUUAUAUCUCUGUUGUUUUUACAUUAGUGAUCUCAUUAUGUAUCUUGUAAAAAAAGUACUGUCGAUUGAUUAUGCUUCAUAAGUGAGGUUGGUAUGUUCCAAUUUUAGAAUGUGUCCGACAUUUUAAGGACAUUGUGAAAGUUUCAAUCCCAGUGUAAGAGAAAGAAUCAGAAGCUUUUUUUUUUUUUAAGGAAGUAAGGUACUACUGUGGCAUCGUGUUUUGUUCCUGUAAUUAUUCAUAUGGAUAUAAACACGAGAGUAACUCAUUUGGUGCAAUUUCAAAACCAAAGCCGUGCCAUUGCCAACAAACAGGGACUGUCUUCUGAUAUUAAAGUUACCCCCACCCUGCAAUGUUAUAUAUGAAGAUGUGGUAUCUGUUGGGAGGUUUUCAGUCAAAUGAUCUGUUUUGAGGAUUGCAGCAGUUUAACUCUUGUCAUUUCAGUUUUUAUUCUUUUUCUUGUCAUUGAAUAUUUAACUGUUUUGUACUGUAGCCAUAGCAAUGCAAUAAAGUUUUAAAUUAUU